GAAAAGACCAGGAUCACCUUCUGUCUAGACCAGGAGACAAGACUACUUUUUCGAGCGGCCAUAUUGAAUGUGAAGAUGACUGUAUCGUGAGGUGAUGCAAUAUUUCACAUUUGAUGUGCAACAGCAAACAGCUAAAACCUUUCUUCCCACCGCGCUUGUGCCGAGGAAGGACGGCGAGAAGCGCAAGCGCAGCCGCAGGGAGAGCUACUCCGAGUACGUGUACAAGGUGCUGAAGCAGGUGCACCCCGACACGGGCAUCUCGUCCAAGGCCAUGGGCAUCAUGAACUCGUUCGUGAACGACAUCUUCGAGCGCAUCGCGGGCGAGGCGUCGCGCCUGGCGCACUACAACAAGCGCUCGACCAUCACGUCGCGGGAGAUCCAGACGGCCGUGCGCCUGCUGCUGCCCGGGGAGCUGGCCAAGCACGCCGUGUCCGAGGGCACCAAGGCCGUCACCAAGGACCCCACGUCCACGCUGAUCUCCCAAGGUUUCCCUGGGGCCUCCUCCACGGACCACUCGGAAUGCAUCCAUCACUAUAGGGCGCCUCCUCCGUGCCAUCUAUCCCCACGUCUCCAGCACAUUCUCCAAGGAGGAUGCUCCAUCUUCUGCCAGGGUCUUGCUAUGUAGCAACACGUUGGCCUCCAUCCUCCUGUCUCACGCCCCCUCCCCCAAGUGCUAAGA